AUGCCACGCCCCAGCACGCCCUGCCCCCGACCACGCCCCAGCAGCCCCACCCCCGCCACGCCACACCCCCACCACGCCCACCACGCCACGCCCGACCACACCCACCACGCCACGCCCCCGCCCCCACCCUGGCACGCCCCGCCCAGGCACGCCGCAGAGGCGCCUGCCAGCCCCCAGCACGCCUGGCUUCUGCACAUCCGGAGUCGGAACGCCGGACCUUCCCUGCCUCCCAGCCUUGCCUCCUCCUGCAGAGCAGAGCUCAAUAGAGCUUGGUGGGUUUUGCCUUUUACUCUGGGAGGAGAGGAGCAGACGAUGCGGAGAAAAGAAUGA